CCUCCGCUCUGGCUGGGCGGGAAAGCUCUAACAGUGCUGCCGGGCUGGAGACGGUGGUAGCCGCUGCGCUCCGGCUGAGGGAACCGGAGACCACUCCAUCCCUAGCGGAGCGCACUGUAGUCAGGAGUCAUGACGGGCGAGGUGGGUUCCGAGGUUCAACUAGAAGUCAACAAUCCAAAAGUCAUUUCACAAGAGGAAGCAGAUAGUCCUUCAGAUAGUGGACAAGGCAGCUAUGAAACAAUUGGACCCUUGAGUGAAGGAGAUUCAGAUGAAGAGAUAUUUGUAAGUAAGAAGUUGAAAAACAGGAAGCUUCUACAAGACAGUGAUUCUGAAACAGAGGACAAAAAUGCCUCUCCAGAGAAAACUACCUAUGACAGUGCUGAGGAGGAAAAUAAAGAGAAUUUAUAUGCUGGGAAAAAUACAAAAAUCAAAAGGAUUUACAAAACUCUGACAGACAGUGAUGAAAGUUACAUGGAGAAAUCUUUGUAUCAGGAAAAUCUUGAAGCUCAAGUGAAACCUUGUUUAGAGCUGAAUUCUGGAAAUUCUAUGGACUUUACCACUGACAGAAAGAGUUCCAAAAAGCAGACACAUGAUAAAGAAGGAACUGAAGAAAAAGCAAAAGUAAAAUCCAAAAGAAGAGUUGAGAAUGAGGAGAGAAAAAUGGAAAAAAUUCGACAGCUAAAAAAGAAGGAAACAAAAAAUCAGGAAGAUGAUGUAGAACAGCCAUUUAAUGACAGUGGCUGUCUUCUUGUGGAUAAAGACCUUUUUGAAACUGGGUUGGAGGUUGAAAAUAACUCUCCAUUGGAAGAUGAAGAAUCAUUAGAAUCAAUAAGAGCAGCUGUGAAAAACAAAGUAAAAAAGCACAAGAAAAAAGAACCAUCUUUGAGGAGUGGGGUUCAUUCAUUUGAGGAAGAAAGUGAGUUAUCAAAAGGAACCAUGAAGAAGGAAAGAAAGGCAGCCAAGUUAAGUAAAGAAGCAUUAAAACAACUGCAUAGUGAGACUCAGCGCCUUAUUCGAGAGUCUGCACUUAAUCUUCCAUAUCAUAUGCCUGAGAAUAAAACCAUUCACGAUUUCUUCAAACGUAAACCCCGGCCCACUUGCCAGGGAAAUGCCAUGGCACUAUUGAAGUCAUCUAAAUAUCAGUCAAGCCAUCACAAAGAAAUCUUAGACACUGCAAAUACUACUGAAAUGAACAGUGAUUACCAUAGUAAAGGUUCUGAGCAGACAACAGGUACAGAAAAUGAAGUGGAAAUUAACGCACUCCCCGUGGCGUCAAAGGAAACUUGGAUCACUACUGGAUCAGAUGAGUCUUGCAGGAAGGAUUUGGUAGAAAAUGAAGAGCGAGAAAUUCAGGAGAAACAGAAGCAGAGUGACAUUAGAUCUUCACCUGGGAACAGCUCAGUGUUGCAACAGGAAUCCAACUUCCUUGGGAACAAUCACAGCGAGGAAUGUCAGGUUGGAGGGCUUGUAGCAUUAGAACCUCAUGCCCUGGAGGGCGAAGGCCUCCCAAAACCAGAAGAAACAAAUGAGAAAGUGGAAGAGCCUGGGCAGCAAAGUAAAUCAUCAGUAGUUGUGGCCCCAGAAAAAGUGAGACGGUUUACUCUGGAUAGACUUAAGCAACUGGGAGUAGAUGUUUCCAUUAAACCACGGCUAGGUGCUGAUGAAGAUUCCUUUGUGAUACUUGAUGAACCUGAAACCAACAGAGAACUGGAAGCCUUGAAGCAGCGUUUCUGGAAGCAUGCUAAUCCAGCAGCCAAACCCAGGGCUGGUCAUACAGUGAAUGUGAACGUCAUAGUGAAAGACGUGGGCACUGAUGGAAAGGAAGAGCUAAAAGCAGAUGUGGUAUCUGUGACUUUGGCACCUAAGAAGCUGGAAGGAGCAAGCCACACAAAACCAGGUGAAAAGCUUCAGGUGCUAAAAGCUAAACUGCAAGAGGCAAUGAAACUCCGAAGGAUUGAGGAACGCCAGAAGCGCCAAGCACUGUUUAAAUUAGAUAAUGAAGAUGGGUUUGAGGAAGAAGAGGAAGAAAUGACAGAUGAGUCUGAGGAAGAUGGAGAAGAGGAGGUAGAGAAAGAAGAGGAAGAGGAGGAGAAAGAAGAGGAAGAAGGAGGAAAUCAGGAGAUUGCAGAGUUCCUUCUUAGUAGUGAAGAAAUAGAAACCAAAGAUGAAAAAGAAAUGGAUAAAGAAAAUAAUGAUGGCAGUAGUGAAGGUGGCAAGUCAGUUGGCUUCCUCUCUGUUCCCAAGUCUCUCUUAUCAGAUUCUACUUUACUUCUAUUUAAGGACAGCUCUUCCAAGAUGGGUUACUUUCCUACUGAAGAAAAAUCAGAAACAGAUGAAAAUUCAGGCAAACAGCCUAGCAAACUGGAUGAGGAUGAUUCAUGUUCAUUGCUAACAAAGGAGAGCAGCCACAAUAGCAGCUUUGAGCUGAUUGGCUCCACGAUUCCAUCCUAUCAGCCUUGCAACAGACAAACAGGCCGUGGGACCAGUUUUUUACCUACAGCAGGAGGAUUCAGAUCUCCUUCCCCUGGGCUAUUUCGAGCCAGUUUGGUCAGCUCAGCUUCUAAGAGUUCAGGGAAACUGUCUGAGCCUUCACUUCCCAUAGAGGAUUCCCAGGAUCUGUAUAACGCCUCCCCAGAACCUAAGACACUUUUCCUAGGAGCAGGAGACUUCCAGUUCUGUUUAGAAGAUGACACUCAGAGCCAACUGUUGGAUGCAGAUGGGUUCUUAAAUGUUAGAAACCACAGGGAUCAGUACCAAGCUUUGAAGCCUCGAUUGCCAUUGGCCAGUAUGGAUGAGAAUGCCAUGGAUGCCAACAUGGAUGAGCUGUUGGAUUUGUGUACUGGAAAGUUUACGUCUCAGGCUGAAAAACAGCUACACAGGAAGAGUGACAAGAAAGAGAACAUGGAGGAACUUCUGAACCUUUGUUCAGGAAAAUUCACUUCUCAGGAUGCCUCCACUCCAGGCUCAUCAGAGUUAAAUAAACAGGAGAAGGAGAGCAGCGUGGGUGAUCCAAUGGAAGAAGCACUUGCUCUUUGCUCAGGCUCUUUUCCAACAGACAGGGAAGAGGAAGAUGAGGAGGAGGAAUUUGGAGACUUUCGGCUUGUUUCAAAUGACAAUGAGUUUGAUAGUGAUGAGGAUGAACACAGUGACUCUGGUAAUGAAGAUCUGGCACUAGAAGACCAUGAAGAUGAUGAUGAAGAAGAACUCCUGAAGCGAUCUGAGAAGUUGAAAAGGCAAAUGAGGUUGAGGAAAUACCUGGAAGAUGAAGCAGAGGUGUCAGGAAGUGAUGUGGGAAGUGAAGAUGAGUAUGAUGGGGAAGAGAUUGAUGAAUAUGAAGAGGACAUAAUUGAUGAAGUACUUCCUUCUGAUGAGGAACUACAGAGUCAAGUCAAGAAAAUACACAUGAAAACUAUGUUGGAUGAUGAUAAGCGACAGCUACGUUUAUACCAAGAGAGGUACCUUGCUGAUGGGGAUCUGCACAGUGAUGGUCCUGGGCGAAUGAGGAAGUUUCGAUGGAAGAACAUAGAUGAUGCUUCCCAGAUGGACUUGUUCCACAGAGACUCUGAUGAUGAUCAGACCGAAGAACAGCUUGAUGAGUCAGAGGCCAGGUGGAGGAAGGAGCGAAUUGAACGAGAGCAAUGGCUUCGGGACAUGGCACAGCAGGGGAAAAUUACAGCUGAAGAAGAAGAAGAAGUUGGGGAGGACAGUCAGUUUAUGAUACUGGCCAAGAAAGCUACAGCCAAAGCACUGCAGAAGAAUGCCAGUCGCCCUGUGGUUAUUCAAGAAUCAAAGUCUUUGCUCAGAAAUCCUUUUGAAGCCAUCAGACUGGGAAGUGCUCUUCAGGUGAAGACAGGCUCACUGCUAAAGCAGCCCAAAGCUGUGCUUCAGAAACUGGCUGCUCUCUCUGAUCUUAACCCCAGUGCUCCUCGAAAUUCAAGAAACUUUGUCUUUCAUACACUUUCUCCUGUCAAGGCUGAGGCAGCAAAGGAAUUGUCUAAGUCUCAGGUAAAGAGAAGGGGUCCAUCUUUCGUGAUUUCUCCUUCACCUAAGCGCCUGAAAACGGAUGAUAAUAGCACUUCAGGAUUGAAGCAAAGCAUCUUCAAAUACUUGGAGAGCUAACACCAUCAAGGGUACCAGAAUCUACCUUGAGACUGCCUUGAGAAGUUUCUAGCACCGAGAGUUGGAAUAGACACUCAAGCCGAUGAUCCUUUAUAAUCAAUGCAAUAAGAUUGCAGACUGAAAUUCCAGUUCUUUCUACUGCACAGCUCUGGACAUCUCUUUUCCUGGUAUUAGUCCCUGGAUUGGCCACUGAUCUCAAUUCUGCAGUAUUUACAACAUCAACAAACUCAUGGAAUACUUGGGUGAGGUUUCUUUUUUUUUUUCUUUUUUUUUUAAGGUGGAGUCUCACUCUGUUGCCCAGGCUGGUGUGCAAUGGUGUGAUCUCGGAUCACUGCAACCUCCACCUCCCAGGUUAAAGCAGAUUUUUGUAUUUUUAGUACAGACGGGGUUUCACCAUGUUGGCCAGACUGGUCUCAAAACUCCCGACCUCAAGUGAUCCACUCACCUUGGUCCCCCAAAGUUCUGGGAUUACAGGCAUGAGCCACACCACACCUGGCCUUGGGUUAGGUGUCACUUCUUCCAUUAAACAUCUGACAUUUUAUCCUAGCAGCUUCCUGGGUUAAUAUCUCUUUGUGAUAGAAGUGGUUGGAAGAAGAAGAGUAGGGAAAACUGUGACAUUACAGAUUAGAGAAGACAGUGAAAAUCAGUACCAUAAUGACUACUUUGCACCCAUGAGAUAUGGACCGUGAUGACCAGGGUUCAGUGAAAGAAAGUUUUUUUGUUUUUUUUUUGUUUUUUUUGUUUUUUUUGAGACAGUCUCACUCUUGCCCCGGCUGGAGUACAGUGGUGCAAUCUUGGCUCAUGGCAACCUCUGCCUCCUGGGUUCAAGCAAUUCUCCUGCCUCAGCUUCUUGAGUAGCUGGGACUACAGGGGUGCUCCACCACACCCAGCUAAUUUUUGUAUUGUUAGUGGAGACGGGGUUUCACCAUGUUAGCCAGGCUGGUGUUGAACUGACCUCAAAUGAUCCAGCCACUUCGGCCUUCCAAAGUGCUGGGAUUACAGGCGUGAGCCACUGCACCCAGCUGAAAGAAAGAUUCCUAGAGGACCUAGGAACCAAUACAUGAGCUGCUGUAUUAGUCUUACCGCUUUCAUUUUUCUGUAUGCGUCUUCCCAAGGCAGCAUCACAUUUUGAAUUAAUUUUUGCUGCUUAAGGACUUCCACUGGUACCCAAGUCAGAAAGACUGUGGCUCUAAUUUUCUGGAGCUAAGAUAAAUGUUAGACCCAGUGUUCGUCCAUCACAGUCUAUGAGGCAGAGAGACCUUUCCUGGGACUGAAUUCUUAAUUUGAAGCAUUGUUGUUCAAAGACCUCCCUUCUGGGUCUGACAAAAAGAAACAUAACCAUUAUUUAUUUCGUUCUCCUGGCUUACAUACAUUGCCCUCACUAGUCAAUGGACAUUUCAGUAUUUCAUUACUAAUUUUGAGAGAAGAUCACCAUGGAAUUGAAUACAAACAUUAUUGAAGAGAAUUGCCAUCAUUCUUUAUUUUCCCUGAACGACCACAAGCUUCUCAGAAUUCUGAACAAAUGUUUUUCCCCUCAGAACCGAGCAUCAGUGCUGCUUUGGAAAAACAUUCUAUGUGAAUGUUGUGGUUUCAGUGUCAGGAGCUGGACUUGGGAAGCUGGAAGAGAAUAUGCCAGUUUUUUAUUGGGAGGUGAGAAUACCAACUUAAUUGAUGAAAUUAGGUUGUAGAUUUUCUACAGUUUUCUAAUACUCAUGUUUGUAUAUUUGUAAUCUUAUAAUGGGGAAAAUGUAUAUAAAGAUGUUUUAAUAUGUAUGUAGUUUUUCAAUAAAUCUUAAUGCCUUAAAGGGAAGAUUUGCUGUCCAGCUUGAAUGCUCAUUCUUAGGUCAGUACUUGUCUAACAUUGAGAAACAUUUCAUUUUUAGGUUAUCUCCAUCCUAGGGAAACCCUCUGGAUCUAAAAUGAGAGGCUGCUGCAGUUGUCCCCUCACUGGCUUCUCAGUCCUAGUGAAUUAAUCAAGUCAACUUACCAAGUGGUUUGGGUUCAGCAUAGAAGAGAGCUGAAUUUACAUAAAUGGCACCUUCUGUUAUAACUCUUUUUAAAAAAAAUUAUUUUUAGAGACAGUCUCAUUCUGUUGUCCAGGUUAGAGUGCAGUGGCACAGUCAUAGCUCACUGUAUGUACCCUUGAACUCCUGGGCUUAAGCAUCCUCCUUCCUCAACCUUUGGAGUAGCUGGGCAACAUUACAGGUGCAUGCCCCCAUGCCCAGCUAAUUAUUUUAUUCUUGUAGAGACAGGGUCUUGCUAUGUUGCCCUGGCUGAUCUUGGACUGCUGAUUUCAAGCAGUCCUCCCACCUUGGCCUCCCAAAAUGCUGGAGUCACAAGCUCACCCACCAGCACAGCCUGUUAUAGCUCUUUGAUUGGCCUUUCUUUUUAGAUGAGUUUGCAUGUACUUCAUUUUACCCAUGGGUUUAAGAUAAGUGUUUUUGCCUCUUUUGAGCUCUCUAAACAGUGCCCAAGACAACAUAGCCGUUGCUGAGCAGGAAGGUUACAUAUUUCUCCCCUUGUUUCCCCACAUGUCUUUUAGGGAAGAGAUGGAAAAGACAAUUGGAAUUGACAACUGGGGGUAAGAAAAUUCAGCCAGGCACGGUUUACACUGGUAUUACAUGACUCACACUGGUAAUCCCAGCACUUUAGGAGACUGAGGCGGGUACACUGCUUGAACUCAGGAGUUCAAGACUAGCUGGGUCAACAUGGUGAAACCCUGACUCUAUUAAAAAUAAUAAUAAACAAAUAAGAAAAUUAGACCCUGCAAAAUCUUGGGAGAAAAUGAUUUCUGGGCCAGGUGCAGUGGCUCAUGCCUGUAAUCCCAGCACUUUGGGAGGCUGAGGUGGGUGGAUCACCUGAGGUCAGGAGUUUGAGACCAGCCUGACCAGGAAGGUGAAACCCCAUCUCUAUUAAAAAUACAAAACUUAUCUGGGCAUGAUGGCAGGUGCCUGUAGUCUCAGCUACUCGGGAGACUGAGACAGGAGUAUUGCUUGAACCCGAGAGACAGAGGUUGCAGUGAGCCGAGAUCGUGCCACUGCACUCCAGCGUGGGCGACGGAGCAAGACUGUCUCAAAAGAAAAAAAGAAAAUGGUUUCUGAUUGAAGCACCUGGGAGAAAGCACUCUUUAGAGAAAGAAAACUUGAGUCUUAAAUUUCUGGGUUACUUUUCCUUACGCCAGGAUAGUUGCUAUGAGGUGAGCUAAGCCUUGAUCUUGGAAACAGGUUUGACAUGGACAGGUUUUGAUCUGAUGUUGCCCAAGGCACUGAGCCAGCAGCAUCAGCUAUGUUUUAAUGAAAUUGAAGUCCCAGGACCUACCACUAUGGCUCCUAGGAGAACUCAGCUCCACUAACUUGGAAAUUACACAUUUGGAGGGAUGAGAGCCCAUGAGUGUGAGAGAUAGAUAGAGUGUGCUCAGUGUCACACAGAUUUUGUUUCUUCCUUAUUCCAUACACUUGAAUAGGAAUAUGGUAUUAGCCUCUUUAAACGGGUCCCUAAUCUCAUCUCAUUAAUUCACAGUUGCACAGCCAUGCUAGGGUCUCUUCCAUAAACCAUAAGAUUUUAUUCACUAAAGCUCUAGAGACAAGGUGCUCAGAUCUCUGUAGCUUCUCAAUUGCUUCUCUAAAAACUUCCCACUUGGAGAGUUUCUAAUGCUUAGGCUGGAAGACGUUUUAGGGGGUGUUUUUGGUUUUUAUCUCCUAGGUUUAUGUCUAACUACUCUUGGGGCAUCCUGUCCUAGGACUUGUGUACCUCAGGAUAGAGGAGAGUAUUUCUGGGAAGAGUGUUGUCAUGAUACUAUUUUAUUAUAUCAUCCUUGAAAUGGUAUUGUAUCUUCUACCCUUAAUUCCUGCUCAUGGCCUGGCACACAGCUUGGAAUGUAGUGGUGCCUACUACAGUCUGAAUAAAUAACACUACACUUUUCA